AUGAAACGCAGCUAUUAUCGUACAAUUUAUGGUACAAGCUCGAGUUCAGACGCAUCUGAUGAUUUGCCUCUGAAUCAGAUAAAAAGAUAUGAAUUUUAUGAUCUCCUGUCUACGCCUGCUAAAGAUCAAACAAAAACACCGCCUCUCAGGCAAAAAGCCAUUAAUUAUAGAGGCACUUCCGUCACAAAAGAUAGAACAGAAAAAAAGAAAUCUAAAAAGACUUCAAAUCCAAAGAAAGCUAAAACAGUAUCGGCAAAAAAGUCUACCACCAUCAAAGGUACUUCACAAAAGCAAGUGAGCUGGUACUGUCAUGCCUGCGAAGAAGACAGAAUGGAUGAUGCAAUGAGACAAUGCUCGCAAUGCUUCAAGUGGUAUCAUGAACAGUGUGUCGGUUUGUCGAUGGAAGAUACUGAUGACUUUCAGUGUCCUGGUGGAUGCGAAUAG